UGUUUGUAUUGCAAACACAUGUCAUUUGUUUAUGAAUUUAAUUCAAUUAUUAUUAUUUAAUUAAUUAAUGAUUUAAACAGUGUUUUUGAGACAAAUUGUUAAUAUUUACUGUUAUUUAGUAUUAUAUCAAUUGAUUUGAUGGUCAGAUAUGAGACACUCGAGGAUUGCCAAAAGUAAAAGACACAAAAAGCUUAAAAUUGUCCCCAAUUGUGACGAUGAAGACAUCGCCGAUAGACAUGUCUCACAAAAAAAUCUUUGCGAUCAAUUCAUACCAAGAAAGUGGACACAAAUUUGCCAAAUGAAACAACUGUUGACUGAGAAAAACAAACUCAAGAAGAAAAGGAAAAAGAAAAAUAUGAAAGAAUUGAUUACUGUGAGGAUCAAUUCGGAUGUCAUAGAGAAAGGAAUGACAAGAAAUGAUAAGCCAUUGCCGUCAGUGAUUGAACAGGGAUUGUAUGAAAGUCAGUCACAUUUCUUAAGCCGUUUAUCUCGAUUGUCGGCCAAAGCACGGGCUGAGGCCAACAUUGAAGAGAGAUUUGAUGUCGAUUUCUGUGAGAAGUUAGACACAUCUGACGAUAAAACUAAUGCUAUGACUGAUACUAAAGGAAAAGCAAAGAAUAUUAAGAAAAAUGAGAGAAAAAAACUUAAAAGGAAAAGACAUAACAAAGAGACCUCUUUUGAUCACUUGGAAGAUAACGUCUUAUUUGGUGAACGAGUCGAUGAACCGCCAAAUUUGAAUGCUUUUAAUUUUAAAAAGAAAUUAAAAACCAAAUAAAUGACAUCAAAUAAAUCAAACAUUUGUACAUUAUUUUAAUGUUAUUAUAAAUAAAAA